UUUGUCAAUAAUGGUCAAUCAAAACAUAAAUAAUGCAAUGUUUUAACAUUAAGAUUUUAUUUAUUUAUUGAUUUAAAUGAUGGAAACGAAAAUGAACGAGAAAGAACUGUUGCAAUUUUACGUGGAGCAAGUGAAGCAGCUGAAGGAAUCGUACAAGAAGGAUUUGACUGAUAAAGAGAUGAACAAGAUCUUUGAAGAGUGCUUUGCACUUCUGGAUCCUCCACCCAAGGGCUAUAGAAGUUGGUUGAAAAUAUACAUAUUUCUUUUUUUAUUCUUGCUGGUUGGAUCUUAUGUUUUGAUGCAAGUCCACCAACCUACCUCGAGUAUUGUUUUGAGGAAUGUUCAGGGAUUGAUUUAUCCUGGCCUGAAAUUUGUAAGGUUUCUCUCCAUGCCAAUAAUUAAACAUUUUUCUUCAUUAACAGAGUUGUAUGAUGAGAGUUGCUUGUUGGAAAACCCUUACUUCUAUGUGAACAACAUGGAAUGUUGGCCCUGUGAAAACGUUUAUUCUGUUAUAAAUGCAACUGAAUUGGAAAACCAAAGUAUAUUUGAUUCUGGUUCACCAUUUAUUACAAAUUCGAAUCAAGGACCAGUUUAUUUUAAAGAUAUUCAAAGUUUGUACUAUAGUAACAAGAUGGUAAUUGAUCAGCAUGCGGGCCACGUAAAAUCCAACAAGAACAUAAGCUACGUAGAAAAUUUACUAGAACUGGAAAUGACUGAAUCAUCAGAUACGCACAUCAGCUGGAGGAUAAAUCGCAUGCUUCCAGCGCAGAUCAUUCGAAGUCUCUUUCCCAGACCUCGCAUGAUUUCCGAAUGGUCUGGACAGAGUAUCGAAAGGUACGUGAUGAUCGAUGGACCCAAAUCGGAGGGCUUUACUCUACCGAAUUUCGAGUGCAGUUAUGUGUCUGUAACGCAGGGUUCUGGUGAGCGAACCGUUGUCCUAAAACCUACCAAAGAAUGCGGACACAAGUGCCGCAGCAUUUCUGUGAUUCUCAAAGAAAACUACACACUGUGGUACAAUUGGUGGUAUUGGAGACCGAUCAGCUUGCCGAUUCAGAACUCGACAAACGUUUCCGUCUCCUACAUAACUUCGUAUUGUUGAAUAAUAUUCAAAUGUGUAUAACUUAUUUUAAUUAAAAAAUAAAUAGUAAUAACUUAAA